AUGAAGCUUCUCAUCGUCGGAUCAGGUCCCUCCGGACUCUUACUAGCUCUGAUGCUCGCCAAAAAGGGCGUUGAUGUGACCUUGGUCGAGAAAUCGACGGAGCUCGACAAGCAGCCUAGAGCGACUCACUAUGCUGCUCCUGCAAUUUAUGAGCUCGCCAGAGCCGGAGUGCUUGACGAAAUGUACGAAGGGGGUUUCGUCCCCAACGGUGUCAGCUGGCGGAAACUCGACGGGACGAGGUUGACAGGUCUCGUGGCCAAAGGAGUGAUUCCAGACGAUUACCCCUACAGGAUGGUUUGUUAUCCUUUGGACCGACUGGGACCAUUGCUGUUGAAGCACGUCCAGAAACUUCCCAACGUACAGAUCUUAUGGUCACACGAUGUCACGAGUAUAGGACAGGAUGCCGACUCCGCCUGGGUCGAGGCCGAGACUCCUGGUGGGACCAAGCAUAUCACCGCCGACUACCUCGUGGGCUGCGACGGAGCAAACAGCAUUGUUCGAAGGCGACUUUUCGAGGACUUUGAGUUUCCAGGAUUUACCUGGGACGAACAGAUCGUUGCUACAAACACAUACUACGACUUUGACCAGUUUGGCUGGACAGACGCGAAUUUUAUCGUCCAUCCCGAACAUUACUUUAUGGCAGCACGUAUAUCUCCUCACCAGGGCAAGGAGGCAAUGUGGCGCGUCACCUAUGGCGAGCUGCCAGGGUUGACGAGGGAGCAGAUGAUCGAACGACAGCCCGACAAGUUCAAAACCUUUCUCCCCGGCCACCCGGAGCCGGAUCAGUACAAGAUUGUCAACUUCAGCCCGUACAAGAUCCACCAAAGGUGUGCCAAAUCACUCCGUGUAGGACGAAUCCUUCUCGCCGCUGACGCCGCUCAUCUGUGUAAUCCAUUCGGCGGCCUCGGCCUGACAGGAGGUAUAGCAGACAUCGGCGGGCUCUACGACUGCUUGCUCGGCAUCCACCAGGGCCUCGCGGAUGACAGCAUUCUAGACCAAUACGACCGCGUCCGGCGAGAGAUCUAUGACAAGGUCAUCAACCCUAUGUCCUCGGAGAACUUUACCCGGUUGAACAGACAAGAUCCGGAGAAGGCGAUGGAGAACGAUCCUUUUUUCCAGCUCUGUCUGAAGGGCGAGAGCGAUAAGGAGUUUUCCAAGAACAUGCAACUGGCCGUCAAGGAUCUCUUACAGCAUGACUUUACACAAUAUUACAAGAAAGACGUGGCGGGUGCAACGGCCAUACCUUCAUAG